AUGAAGAAAAAGCAAGAUCUGGUGCAGGCCGGUACUGAUGAUAAAACUAGUCCUCGGUUUCUUGGAGUGAGAAGAAGGCCGUGGGGAAGAUAUGCUGCGGAGAUAAGAGACCCUUCCACAAAAGAAAGGCAUUGGCUGGGCACCUUCGACACCGCGGAGGAAGCUGCCCUCGCCUACGACAGAGCCGCCCGCUCCAUGAGAGGCUCCCGCGCCCGCACCAAUUUCGUCUACUCCGACAUGCCCCCUGGCUCCUCUGUCACCUCCAUUCUUUCCCCCGAUGAUCAGAACGGCCACUUGUUCGUUAAUGUUGCAGCCGCGGCCGGUCAUGAUCAUGAUGACCGCCGCCGCCACCAACAGCUCGGCGGCCUCGUCACUCAAGCACCGCCUCCGGACCCCACUCCUCAGCCACAACUACUGUACGAUCAUCAGGAUGAGGCGAUGAUGAUGAUGAUGAUGAGUUUGGGCGAAGCCAAUGGCAUUCACAGGGCGCAGGCGCAGGUCAUCAUGAGUAACAAUAAUUACCAGCAUGAGAACUACAACUACAUUAGCAAUGAUCACGAUGAAGAUCAUCAUCGUCAUCCUAUGGCAAUAAUCAAUAGCAGCAGCAGCGAGCUUCCUCCUUUUCCUGCUUCGGAGUUUAAUUCGGAUGAUCAAUACCAUUAUUAUAAUUGUAAUACUGCUAGUACUAGUAACAGCAACAGCAGCAAUAUUAUGCAGGCAGGUGCAGGGGCCAUGAACAUGAUGAUGCAGGAUUCCAGCUGCGAAGAUCAGUAUGGUUAUAAUUAUAGUUAUAACUCUAACUAUGUGCACAGCCCUUUGUUUAGCACAAUGCCUUCUGUCUCUAAUUCUGAUCAUCAUCACUCCCAGUCCCAGUCCCAGUUUCCCGACCCCUUUGAUUUGGGCUCUACUACUACUUCCUCUUCCUUUUUCUUCUGA